AUGGAUGCGAUGGGGACGACCGCGCGCGACGCGGGCGCGGUGACGACGCGGGCGCGGCGCCGAGGGACGGGCGCGACGUCGGAGGCGUCGCGCGUCGUCCACGCCGUGGACGCGGACGCGCGGACGUACACGGCGGCGGAGGUGGCGACGCACGCGCGGGCGGAUGAUUGCUGGGUGAUCGUGCGCGGCGGCGUGUACGACGUGACGGCGUUCGUGCCGAGACAUCCGGGUGGGAACAUGAUUUACGUCAAAGCGGGGGGGGAGUGCACGGCGCUUUUUGAUUCGUAUCAUCCGGAGAAGGCGCGGGGGGUGCUGGAGAAGUACAGGAUCGGUGACUUGACGCGAGAGGAGGGGUCGGCGGCGGAUGGGGACAUCGUGGAGUACGCGAAGGAUGACUUGAAGGACGGUGCGUUCUUUGCCGAUUGCAAAGCCGGGGCGGCGAAGUAUUUCAAAGAAAAUAAGCUCGAUCCGCGCGUGCACUGGGAGAUGUACGCGAAGACGGCGGCGAUUUUGGUGGGGAUCGUCGUCGGGCACUAUUACUCGUUCUUCGCGCCGGGCGUGAGCUUCGGCGCCGCGCUCGCGUUUGCCGCGUUGCACGGCACGUGUAAGGCCGAGGUAGGGGUUUCCAUUCAGCACGACGCCAAUCACGGGGCGUACGGGAACAGCCGCACGUGGUUGCACGCGAUGCAGUUGACCUUGGACGUCGUCGGCGCGUCGAGCUUCAUGUGGAAGCAGCAGCACGUCGCCGGACAUCACGCAUACACCAACGUCGAGGGGAUCGACCCGGACAUUCGAUGCAGCGAGAAGGAUAUUCGUCGCGUGAACGAACACCAACCCCACGAGCCCUAUCACGUGUUCCAGCACGUGUACUUGGCGUUCAUGUACGGUUUGCUAUCGCUCAAGUCGUGCUUCGUCGACGAUUUCAACGCCUACUUCUCCGGACGCAUCGGCUGGGUCAAGGUGAUGAAGUUCACCCGCGGCGAGGCGAUCGCAUUUUGGGGCACCAAGCUCUUGUGGGCCGCGUAUUACCUCGCGUUGCCGCUAAAGAUGUCGCAUCGGCCGCUCGGAGAACUCCUCGCACUCUGGGCCGUCACCGAGUUCGUCACCGGAUGGCUGUUGGCGUUCAUGUUCCAAGUCGCCCACGUCGUCGGCGAGGUUCACUUCUUCACCCUCGACGCGAAGAACCGCGUGAACUUGGGAUGGGGAGAGGCACAGCUCAUGUCGAGCGCGGAUUUCGCCCACGGAUCCAAGUUUUGGACGCACUUCUCCGGAGGCUUAAACUACCAAGUCGUCCACCAUCUCUUCCCGGGCGUCUGCCACGUGCACUAUCCCGCGCUCGCGCCAAUUAUUAAGGCGGCAGCUGAGAAGCACGGCCUCCACUACCAGAUUUACCCCACGUUUUGGUCCGCCCUGCGCGCGCACUUCCGGCACCUCGCCAACGUCGGCCGCGCCGCGUACGUACCGUCCCUCCAAACCGUCGGAUGA